AUGCAUCAACUUUUUGCUAAGCUGGAGCCAUCUGUAACCGUCACCGAGCAAAACCUGGCAGACCGAGUUCGGUAUAUCUUGCGCUCAAAUACAUUUGAUGACGCCGAACUCCAACGGCUACGACGUGAGGCUGUUCCCUCAUCAAAUGAAAAUGCUACGGCUGAGGAUGUGGUGCCACAAGUUGCAGAACAACCCGCACACGUGGAUACCGCCGUGAAAACUCCAGUGGUGGCAGAUUCAAAUGAUGAUGGAACAUUUGCCCAGGAACUAGAAAUAGAGCAAAUGAGGAGUACAUUAGAAGAGGCGAUUAUGAAAACGCGCAGUACGUCUCUCGAAAAUCGACCGCGACUUUCCCGCAUAUCCCUAAGCAAGCGGAAUCGAGCUGUCGUGAGGGCUCUGAACCCAAUGCUGGUGAUCUAUUUGGAAGCCAGCCGGGACCUUUGCGAUACGGACUCAAUUCUUUUUGACGUCGCGCUGCCAGUCUGCCGUAUCAUAGGCGCCAAGGUUUCCAAGGCUACUGGCCAAAGUAGCGCUAUACCAGCAUGGAGAAGAAGAAUUGAGGAGCGUAUCACAAAGGCUAGAGCUCUCAUCGGCGGAGUGAUAUGCUUCAGAUCGGGCAAUAACAGGCCAAGAAUAGUGCGCACCGUCAGGAUGGCAUUUGCUGGGACAAAUGUCAGUUUGUCCCAGCCGGAUAUAAUGCAAAAACUGACGGAGCGCAUAGAUGAUCUAAAGCAGAGAAUCGCUGCUCGGGGAAAGCGGAUUCGGCGAUAUACCGAGAGGUCGACUCGGUUCAACCAGAAUCGUCUCUUCCAAAGUGAUCAGAAGAGGCUCUAUGAAUCAUUGGAGCGACCAGUGGCAAGUGGAACGGGCCCAACAUCAAAUCAGGCCGACACUGUAA